AAAAAAGAAAAAGAAAGUUAAAAAUAAAUAAAUUCAAAGUCCCCUCAUGGUGGGAUGUGGUUUCACUAAAAGCAGAAAAAGCAGACUCCCUAAUAUCGAUCCUUCCCUUUGUGUCUCAGCUCCCCUAUGGCCAGCACCUUGCGAGUAGGGAGCAAGGUCUGCCUGACCAUAGCUGUGCCUGCAGCCUACAUGCAGAAGGUCAGAGACGCUGAGGGUGACGUCCGAAAGGGGCAGAACGAAAAGGAGGAGAAAGAGAAAGAGGACAAGGAGGUGGCAGCAGGGGCCUGGGGGGGCGAGGAGGCUCCGUGCUCUCCCAGGGCUCUGCUGUCCCUGAGGAGGAAGGCCUGGAAUCCGGGCCCCGCGAAGAGCAAGCUGGAGUUGCACCCACUUCUGAACAGGUGGGCUUUGUGGUUCUUCAAGAAUGACCACAGCCGGGCCUGGCAGGACAACUUGCAGCUGGUCACCAAGUUUGACACCGUGGAGGACUUCUGGGCGAUGUACAGUAACAUCCAGCUGGCCAGUAAGCUCUCUUGCGGCUGCGACUACGCCCUGUUCAAGGACGGCAUUGAGCCCAUGUGGGAAGACAGCAGGAAUAAGCGGGGUGGCCGCUGGCUAGUCAGCCUCGCCAAGCAGCAGCGCCACAGCGAGCUGGACCACCUGUGGCUGGAGACACUGCUGUGUCUGAUUGGGGAGAGCUUUGAGGAGCACAGCCAAGACGUGUGUGGGGCUGUCAUCAACAUCCGAACCAAGAGGGACAAAAUUGCUGUGUGGACGAGGGAGGCAGAGAACCAGGAGGGCGUGCUGCACAUUGGGCGUGUCUACAAAGAGCGCCUGGGCCUCUCCACAAAGACCGUCAUUGGGUACCAGGCUCACGCAGACACGGCCACCAAGAGUAACUCCCUAGCCAAGAACAAAUUUGUGGUGUGAGGGGACCCUGGCACCACUGCCCAUUUGGCUGCCCCUGAGCUUUCCACUGCUGUGUGUGUGUGGGGGGGGGGUGCUGGGCUGAGGGCAGACGGCAUGGUUUUCACCUAUCUUGGAGUGUAUAUGAACAUUCUUUAAUGUGAGUUGGGGCCCAGGCCUAGGGGCAGCUCGGGUGGGUAGGGGCAACCUGAGGGCCAGGGCAGCACAAAGGUGGCCUUGUUUCAACCCUGGGGGUGGGUUGGGUAAACUGGGGUGAAGUGAGUCACGGGGUGGGGGGCUCAUCUGCAGGUGGAAAGAUAACAGGAGCAAAUCCUAGGAUCCAGAGCUUCCUUGGUGCCCCUACCUGGGGGAAGCAGGCCAGGUGGCCUGAGGGCCAGACUCUUCCAUUUUGGGGGAGGGAGCUCACUGACACCCUGAGAGCUAGUGCUCAGGGACGGGAGUCUCUUGAGUGAUCAUUCUGCUUUUUCAAAACUUUCAUGGUUGCUUCCAUGAGAUUUGCAGCCUUGGAGCCCACCCUGUGUCCCACACCUUCCAGCAGCCAGCUGAGUAUGGGUUCCUAGUUUAUGGGGGGUGGGGGUGGAUGAAGGCCUGACCCAGGAGAGGAGGCCGUGGUGGUCAGGCCUUCUACUAGACAUGGAUUAACUGAAAGGUGAUGGAGCUUAAGCCCCUUUCUGUACCUAUUCUAAAUAAAUACUUUUAAACAAAA